AAUGGAGCAAAAAAUAAUAGAGUCGUCAAUGUAGAUGCUCGGGCGGGUUUAAUGUUGGUGAUUUUCAAGUGAGAUGAACUUUAAUCAGCUUGUCAGACAGAAAUAUUUAGUCCAGCUUUAAAGCGUUUGUCUUGCCGCUCACUCCGGCAAACUCAAGUAAGUCGUCGAUGUUUUUCUGUUUUAAGGUGACGUGGAGCAGGACCUCUUCCUCAACGCUCCCGUCGCUACAGUCGUCCCUGUACCCGGAUAUGAGCGCACCGUGUGCAUAAACCGCUGGGACUGUUCGUCGUGGAUCGCCGGGAUGUGCGGCUGUAAAUCCGCACACUGAGCUCCAGCGUCGGGGCGCAGAGGAGCCUGCCGGGGCCUGGAGUCUUAGGAAUCCGGCGGACGGACUGGUUUUGUGGCAUCCGCAGUGUCAGGGGGAUAUGCGGCGUGGAACAGGACACCUGCCUGGUGCCUGCCAGAGGACAAUGGACCUGCACUGCGUCUUGAUCCUGUGGCUGUUCUCAGGCUGGGCAAUGGGCUACAAACAGGGGGACAACGUGACUCUGUAUGUCAACAAAGUGGGCCCUUAUCAUAACCCCCAGGAGACGUAUCACUACUACACCCUGCCUGUGUGCAGGCCAGAGAAGGUGCACCACAAGUCCCUGAGCCUGGGAGAGGUGCUGGAUGGGGACAGGAUGGCAGAGUCACUCUAUCACAUUCAGUUUAAAGAAAACAAACCGAAAACAACUGUCUGCCAACUGACACUUUCAGAGAAGCAGGUGGACCAGCUUCGUGAAUCUAUUGAGGAGCUGUACUAUUUUGAAUUUGUCCUGGAUGAUAUUCCGAUCUGGGGGUUUGUGGGAUACAUAGAGGAGAGCGGCUUUCUGCCUCACAGCCACAAGGUGGGUUUGUGGACUCACCUAGAUUUCAACAUCGAGUAUAAUGGCGACAUGGUCAUCUUUGCCAAUGUCUCCGUGAAGGACGUCAAACCCUUUCCCCUCGAAGAAGGGGCAGGUGCAGCAGUCGGAGGUGUGGGUGUGGGCGGAGGCAGUCUGACAGUCACCCACACCUACAGCGUGCACUGGUUCGAGUCCCCACUACCUUACGCUCGCAGAGCCGAGCGCCUCAGAGACUACUCGUUUUUCCCCAAAACACUGGAGAUCCACUGGCUGUCCAUCAUCAACUCUCUAGUGCUGGUGGUGCUGCUGCUGGGAUUUGUGAUCAUCAUCCUCAUGCGGGUCCUUAAGAAUGACUUUGCCAGGUACAAUGUUGAGGAGGAGGGUGGCUGUGAUGAUCUGGACCAGGGAGACAACGGCUGGAAGAUCAUACACACUGAAGUCUUCAGGUUCCCUCCUUACAAAAGCCUGCUCUGCGCCAUUCUGGGAGUGGGUGCACAGUUCCUCACCCUUGCUACAGCGAUCAUCCUGAUGGCGUUGCUGGGAACGUUCAAUGUGCACCGCCAUGGAGCCAUCAACUCUGCAGCCAUCGUCUUGUACGCUCUGACCAGCUGCGUGUCAGGAUACAUUUCAUGCAGCUUCUACACGCAGAUCAACGGCCAGCGCUGGGUGUGGAACAUCAUUCUUACGUCGUCGCUCUUCUCCGCUCCUCUGUUCCUGACGUGGAGCAUUGUGAACUCCGUCCACUGGUGGAGCGGCUCCACUCAGGCCCUGCCGGCUACCACGGUGCUGCUCCUGUUGGGCGCGUGGGUGCUGGUGGGCUUCCCACUCACAGUCAUCGGUGGCAUCAUGGGAAAGAACCGAGCCGGCAGCUUCCAGGCACCCUGUCGCACGCGCAACAUCCCCCGACAGAUACCCACGCAGCCGUGGUACAAGCACACAGCUGUGCACAUGGCCAUUGGUGGAUUCCUGCCAUUCAGUGCCAUCUCAGUGGAGCUGUACUACAUAUUUGCCACAGUGUGGGGAAGAGAGCAUUACACCCUGUAUGGCAUCCUGCUGUGCGUCUUUGCCAUCCUCCUCUCGGUGGGCGCCUGCAUCUCUGUGGCACUCACCUACUUCCUGCUGUCAGGCGAGGACUACCGGUGGUGGUGGCGGAGCGUGCUAAGCACAGGCUCCACAGGCGUCUUCAUCUUCGUCUACUCCGUCUUCUACUACAGAAACCGGUCAUCUAUGAGCGGCCCGGUACAAAGCACAGAGUUCUUUGGCUACUCCCUGCUCACAGCACUGGUCUUCUCGCUGAUGCUGGGCAGUGUGUCGUUCUGGGCCUCGCUAGCAUUUAUCCGCUACAUCUACCGUAGCCUCAAGAUGGACUAGACAUUGAACACAAACACACAACUAUAAAAAAAAAAAACAUUUUCUUGUUGGACAAUCUUCAUUCUCCUCUCUUACUCUCUCUUACCCACACAUAUAGAUACUAAGGGGUUAAUGGGAGGAGAAACUGGGGCAUUUAUGUUGAUUUGAGGAAAUCCAAUGGAGAAGCUGGAACUGUCAUUGCUGGCAAAAGUGACAGCUGAUUGGUGGAAUGGAUAAAUGAAUGGACAUGAUCGAAUUGGUAGAGGGUAAUCUUAUUAAAUGGUAACAUGGGAUAUUACAGAACAAAGAAUGCCCCACUAGGCCUGAAUGGGUAAAAAGACUAGUGUAUAUGAAUAAGCUUAUUCACUGUACACAAGGCAUCAUCUGUUCUGGUUGUUAUAUAGUCUGUUCCAGGCUUGACCAGAUUGAAAUCUUCCAGUAGUAAACUGGAUAUUCACUGAGACAUGUGAAGGAUAGUUUAGUUUAUUGGUUACAUUGUAGUGCAAGUAUUACUACUCUAAACAGCCUUCACAUAAAAUGUGGCAUGCUGUUAAAUGACAAAGUCACUUGCACUGGUUCUGUCAAGCUACAUGUGGCCCAACAGUAAAAAGGAACGGUACUAAAUGUUGGAGAAGCAAUAGUGUAUGAAAUGGUCAGUUAACCAAUCUUGAUUUUGUUGUAAAUAUACAGUAGACUUUUCAAUAAAACAUUUUAAUAAAAAAUUGCAAUGAGAUAUCAAUACACAA